ACACGGUGCGGUGCCGGCGAGCGGUGCCGGCGGGACGCGUCCAGCCCAGCUCGGCGAUGCGGCGCUGAGAACCGCUCCGUGCCGCCGAUGGACGCCUCGCUCCGCCAGGGUGCCAGGGUAUGGCUGCGGGAGCAGGACCAGCUGCAGCCAUGCACUGUUGGCCUGUGUGCCGAUGGAAACGUGCGCUUCACCUCCGAUUAUGGCACUGUGUUCCAGUACCCCAAGACCUCCCUUUCCGUAGAAAAAGUCUUGCCCAUGCACCAGAGCAGCGUCAGUGGGGUAGAGGACAUGUCCAUGCUGGGAGAUCUGCACGAAGCUGCCAUCCUGCUCAACCUGCACCAGCGCUACCAGCAGGGUAACAUCUAUACCAACAUUGGCUCCAUCCUGGCAUCAGUGAACCCCUACAGGCCCAUCCCUGGUCUGUACAGUGUGGAUGCUAUAGAGCUGUACAGGCAGCACCGCCUGGGUGAGCUGCCUCCCCAUAUCUUCGCCACCGCUAAUGAGUGCUACUGCUGUUUGUGGAAGCGUCACGACAGCCAGUGUGUUCUGAUAAGUGGAGAAAGUGGAGCUGGAAAGACUGAGAGUACCAAGCUGCUGCUGAAAUUCCUGUCAGCCAUGAGCCAGACCUCCCUUGGGGCCCCAGCUUCUGAGAAGAGCACACAUGUGGAGGAAGCCAUCCUGGAGAGCAGCCCAAUUCUGGAGGCCUUUGGAAACGCCAAGACAGUUUAUAAUAACAACUCUAGCCGCUUCGGCAAGUUCAUCCAGCUGCACUUCUCUCAGCAUGGGCACAUCCAGGGCGGACGAGUCACUGACUAUUUACUGGAAAAGAACAGAGUGGUACACCAGAAUCCUGGAGAGAGGAAUUACCACAUCUUCUAUGCUCUGCUAGCUGGUGUGAGUGGGGAGCUGAAAGAAAGCCUCUCCCUCGCUGAGCCAGAGACUUAUCGGUACUUGAGCCAGUCUGGCUGUGUGAAUGAUGAGAACUUGAAUGAUGGAGAAAUGUUCACUAAGGUCAUGACUGCCAUGAAGGUGGUGGACUUCAGCUCUGAAGAGAUCCGAGACAUCUUCAAACUUCUUUCUGGCACUCUUCACUUGGGAAAUGUUGAGUUUAUGACAGCUGGCGGGGCCCAGGUUACAACCAAAGCAGUGCUGAACAUUGCCAGUGACCUCUUGGGCUUAGAUGCCUUCCAGCUUUCUGAAGUCCUGACUCAGAGAUCCAUGAUUCUGCGUGGGGAAGAGAUCAGCUCCCCCCUCACUGUGGAGCAGGCAGCAGACUCCCGGGACUCCCUCUCCAUGGCACUGUAUUCCCAAUGCUUCUCAUGGCUCAUUAGCAAGAUUAAUACGAAGAUCAAAGGCAGGGAAAACUUUAAGUCUGUGGGCAUCCUGGAUAUCUUUGGCUUCGAGAACUUCCAGGUGAAUCGUUUUGAGCAGUUUAACAUUAACUAUGCAAAUGAGAAGCUCCAAGAAUAUUUCAACAAGCAUAUCUUCUCCUUGGAGCAGCUGGAGUACAACAGGGAAGGUAUAAACUGGGAAGCUAUUGACUGGAUGGAUAAUGCGGAAUGCCUGGACCUUAUUGAGAAGAAACUGGGUCUGCUGGCUUUGGUGAAUGAAGAGAGUCGAUUCCCCAAAGGCACAGACAACACCCUUCUGGAAAAACUUCACAGCCAGCAUAUGAGCAAUCCUUACUAUGUGAAGCCUAGAGUGACAGAUCAUCAGUUCGGCAUAAGGCAUUACGCUGGUGAGGUGCUUUAUGAUGUAAGAGGCUUUCUGGAGAAGAACAGAGACACCUUUCGAGAUGACAUCUUAAACAUGCUGAAAGACAGCAGGCUGGACUUCAUCUAUGACCUUUUUGAAAGAGUCUGCAGCCGUUGCAAUGAAGAGACGCUAAAGAUGGGCACCCAGAGGCGCAGACCGACUGUCAGUUCCCAGUUCAGGGAUUCUCUCCAUUCCCUGAUGGCAACACUUAGCACUUCCAACCCAUUCUUCAUCCGCUGCAUCAAACCAAACACAGAAAAGGCACCGAACCUCUUCAAUCCAGAUGUGGUUCUCAAUCAGCUCCGGUACUCAGGGAUGCUGGAGACAGUGAAAGUCAGGCGAGCAGGUUUCCCUAUCCGGUGCCUUUUCCAGGACUUUCUCAGCAGGUACAAGAUGCUUGUGAAGGUACCAAGUUCCUCAGACAACAACAAGGCUGUGUGUGCACGCUUUCUUCAGGCCUAUGACAGCAGCAAGAAGGAAUGGCAGUUGGGUAAAACCAAGGUUUUCCUGAAGGAAGCUCUCGAGCAGAAGCUGGAGAAGGAUCGGGAAGAGAAGUUGAGGAAAGCUGCUGUAGUCAUCCGGGCCCACGUCUUGGGCUACAUGGCAAGGAAGAAGUACCGGAAGGUGCAAGCCAGUGUUGUUACAAUCCAAAAGAACUACCGAGCGUACUUCUGGAAGAAGAGCCUGCUGCGCCUGAAGGCUUCUGCCAUCGUCCUGCAGAAGCACUGGCGUGGCCACCUGGCUCGCAGACUCUACCAACACCUGCGGCAGCAGGAGCUCCAGCGACAGCAGGAAGCAGAGGAGAGGAGGAGGCGAGAGAAGGAAGAACAGAUCAGAAGAGAGGAAGAGGAAAGACAAUGGCAAGAAGAGGAGGAGCGUAGGAAGAAGCGGGAGGAGGAAGAGGUGAAGGAAAGAGAAAAGGAACAGCUGAAUGCUCUGCUCCAGGUGGCUCCGGUGGAAACAGUAAAGACCGAGGAAGUAGAUAUUCCACUGCAGGAGGAAGAGAGACGUCAGAUGGAGGAGAUCUUAAGGCUGGAGAAGGAGAUUGAGAAGUUGCAGCAACAGAAAGAGGAUCACAUGUCUAUCAUCUGUGAAAACACCAGGAAUGAAAUCAAUCGGCAGCGGGAGGAGGAGAUCCAGAGGCUGGAGAAGGAGGCAUCUAGGGUUGCCCAGGAGUUCUUGGAGCUGCUAGAUUUUGGCAAUCUGGAUGAAAGUGUGCAGAACUUGGAGCGGUCUCUGUCUAGUGAGGGGACGCUCAACAUUGACUGCAGCCUUGUCGCACCACUGGCUGAAGAAGAGGUGGAUGAGGGUUUUCAUGCUGAUGAUGAAGUACGGCCAACUUCCAGUUUGGUGGUUGUCACUCAGCAGGGCAUGAAGAACAGCGAUAACUGCCUGGAGGAAGAUGUGGGCGCAAGACUUUCGCAUCUCCAAAGGGAAGUGGGAGAGGCUGCCCCUGCUCCAGCACAACCCAUGGAAAGAACCAGUAGCCCCAAGGAGCAGAGUGCCCUCUCUGACCCAGCAGAAAGCAGUUACAGCACUAUCUCAGAUACGCUGAGAAGUAACAGUGGAGAGGUGGGAGAGCCAAUUUACAAUUCCCCUCAAGAUGUGGAGUCUGACUAUGACCAUGAUGAGUUGGAUGGCUGUGGGGAUGCAGGCAGUGCCUCAGCUGAGCCUCUGAACGGUGAGGAAAGUCUGAGGCACUCCCACGGCACCAGCCUGGACUCCAACCGGGGCAGCCUGGACUCGUUUUUGGACAGUGAAGAGGAAGUGGAUGUUUACAUAGAUACAGAUGAAGAGUUUUGUAAUGGACGUGUCACCAUCUUCAAUGGCUCGGGACCACCCUAUUUUCACAGCUAUCUCUACAUGAAGGGAGGUCUCAUGAACCCAUGGAGACGGCGCUGGUGUGUUCUGAAGAAUGAGGCCUUCAUGUGGUUCCGCACCAAGCAGGAGGCACUGAAGUCAGGCUGGCUCUAUAAAAAAGGGGGAGGCAUGUCAACACUUUCACGACGCAACUGGAAACGUCGCUGGUUUGUGCUUCGGGAAUCCAAGCUGAUGUACUUUGAGAAUGAUAGUGAGGAAAAGCUGAAGGGGACAAUUGAUAUCAGAAGAGCAAAGGAGAUUGUGGACAUUCAUGAAAAAGAGAAUGCUUUGGACAUUGUGACGGAAGACAGGGUUUAUCACAUCGUGGCAGAGUCACCUGAGGAUGCCAGCGGUUGGUUUAAUGUCCUGAGCCGAGUACACAGUGCUACAGCGCAGCAGCUGAGGGAAAUGCAAGAUGAACAGGCCAACCCAAAGAAUGCUGUGGGAACCCUGGAUGUUGGGCUUAUUGACUCUGUCUGUGCCUCAGACAACCCUGACAGACCAAACUCUUUCGUGAUCAUCACAGCAAAUCGAGUGAUUCAUUGCAACAGUGAUACCCCUGAGGAGAUGCAUCACUGGAUCUCCCUGCUGCAGAAACCAAAAGGCGAAUCUAAGGUGGAUGGCCAAGAAUUCCUCGUGAGAGGCUGGCUUCAUAAAGAGGUUCAGAGCAGCAACAAGGUGUCCUCUCUGAAGAUGAAGAAACGCUGGUUUGUGCUGACAAACACUGCCCUUGAUUACUACAAGUCAUCUGAACGCACAGCUGCCAAGCUUGGCACACUUGUGCUCAAUAGCCUCUGCUCUGUAGUGCAGCCCGACGAGAGGGUCUUUAAAGACACAGGCUAUUGGAACAUCAUUGUUCAUGGGCGAAAGCACUCGUACAGGCUGUACACAAAGCUGCUGAAUGAAGCUAUGCGCUGGGCCUCUGCCAUUCAAGGUGUCAUUGACAGCAAAGUUCCUAUUGAAACACCUACACAGCAACUCAUUCGUGACAUUAGGGAAAACAGCACUAACCUUGAAGUAGUGGAGCAGACAUACAGGAGGAACCCAAUCUUGCGGUACACCCAGCACCCUUUGCACUCCCCUUUGCUCCCAUUACCAUAUGGAGAUGUUAGCGUCAACUUGCAACAAGAAAAGGGUUACAGCAGCUUACAGGAUGAAGCAGUGAAGAUCUUUAACUCCCUUCAGGAGAUUGAGACGGUGUCUGACCCCAUACCAAUUAUCCAAGGCAUUCUUCAGACCUGCCAUGAUCUGAAGCCCCUUCGUGAUGAAGUGUAUUGUCAGCUCAUCAAACAAACGAAUCACAUGCCACAUCCCAACAGCACUGGGAACCUGCACCAUUGGCAGCUGAUGGCAUGUAUGAGCUGCACUUUUCUGCCCAGCAGAGGGAUCCUUCGCUACCUCAAGUUCCACCUGAGAAGGGUAAAAGACCUCUUUCCAGACUCAGAAAUAGACAGAUAUGCACAAUUCAUCAGUGAUUCCCUAAAGAGAACAAAGACAAGGGAGUUUGUGCCCUCCCAGGAGGAAAUACAGGCUCUUCUCACCCGUGAAGAAAUGACCACAACGGUGUACUGCCAUGGUGGGGGCUCCUGUAAAAUCACCAUCAAUUCUCAUACAAGUGCUGGGGAGGUGGUUGAAAAGCUGAUCCGAGGUUUAGCAAUGGAGGACAGUCGUAAUAUGUUCGCUCUCUUUGAACAUAAUCAGCAGGUGGACCGUGCUGUUGAGAGUCGAGUGAUUGUAGCUGAUAUCUUGGCCAAGUUUGAGAGACUUGCAGGCUCUGAGGAAGAAGAGGAGGAGGGGCAAUGGCAGCUAUAUUUUAAACUGUAUUGCUUCUUGGAUAUAGAGAAUGUUCCCAAAGACGGAGUGGAAUUUGCUUUCAUGUUUGAGCAGGCUCAUGAAAGCCUCAUAGAUGGUCAUUUUCCUGCACCAGAGGACACACUGCAGCGCCUGGCAGCGCUCCGGCUGCAGUACCUUCAUGGAGAUUAUUCUAAAAUAAGCUGGAGUCUGGAUGGAAUCUACCCAGUUAACAGACUGAAAUCCAAAAUACUGCACUCCACAAAGAGCAGUGGCACCAGCAGUCAUACUCUGGAGAGGAGACGGACCAGCUUCCUUGAAGGGACCUUGAAACGUGGCUUCAAAACAGGCUCUGUAAAGAAGCAGAAGGUAGAAGAAGAGCAGAUGAUGGAGAUGUGGGUGAAGGAAGAGCUGUCAGCCGCUCGUGCAAGCAUAGCACAGAAAUGGACCAAGCUGCAGGGACUCUCUCAGCAUCAGGCCAUGGUGAAAUACAUGUGCAUUGUAAAGGAGUGGCCAGGUUAUGGAUCAACCCUCUUUGACGUUGAGUGUAAGGAGGGAGGCUUUCCAAAUGAUCUUUGGCUUGGAGUCAGCACAGAGAAUGUGUCUGUCUACAAACGUGGAGAUCCUAAACCACUGGAGACUUUCCAGUACGAGCACAUUGUUUUCUUUGGAGCACCGCAGCCCAACACCUUCAAAAUUACAGUGGAUGAGAGAGAAAUGUUCUUUGAAACAUCCCAGGUGGGUGAGAUAAUAAAGAUCAUGAAAGCAUACAUCAACAUGAUAGUGAAGAAACGCUGCAGUGUCAAAUCAGCCACCAGUGUGGACAGUCAUGCCAGCGUCUGGACUAGGUGAUAUGAAUGGACUGCCACGAAAGAGAGGCAGAUGUUUGAUAAUUGGUAUUGGCAACUUGCCAGCACAAGUGUAGCAAAGAUGUUUUUAAGAACUCCACUUGAGUGACUACUGUAUUUACAAACUGAAGUGGCAUCUGCAGUACCUAGGAUUUGCACCUCUGCCCAAAGACAUUAAACAGUAACAACUUGUUAAAUAUUAACAGCCCAAACCUUGUUUUCCCUGGCUUGUCUGACGAACAAUGUACCUUUAAAGAAGCAAAGACAGAAGCAUCUUCCUUCUGCCUGUCCUCUCUGCUGCUUUCACAACUACCUGUUAAUGUGGGUGGAAACAAAACCACAGGAAUCUGGACUACAGGAGGCAGGCUUCAGCUUCCUUAAAAAUAUUCAAUAUGCAAACAUCUGGGAUCAGGGGACCACAGUAUGGGCUGCAAAGAGAAUAUUUUGUUUUAAUUUAUUUUGUAGGCAACUCUAAAAUAAGUCAGUAGGGUUUUCUCUUCAGGAUAUAGUAAUGAUCUGAUCUAGUUUUAAAAAAAGAAAGCCUCUUUGCAAUUGAAGCCAGACUGAGGUCAAACGCUACGUGAGAGACCAUUAAACAAGCAACUAAAAGCACGUAAGGUGAGUUGUUACCUCCCAGUGUAUGGUCACAGGUACAUAUAUGUAAAAAAUGGCACUUUAAGUAAAAAUUCUGAAUACUCCAUUGUAGAAGAAAAUACUGGGGCCUAGCACUGCUGAAAUACCUUGUCAGCUGCCAUUCUGGGUGCAUUCCACAUGGCACCUGUUGCCUAAAAAUUAACGACAGCCUUUUCCCUGGUACAGCUGAGAAGGUGAGAUUGAUUUAAUUGCAUUUCCAAAAGAUCUGUUCUUCACAAACUUGGGGUUUUGGAUAGAAGUCAGAGAUUUCAGUGCCUGCAUUAAGUUGCUUAUUUCUCUAGAUGGGAUUUUAGGCCCAAAAUUUAGUUUUAGACAAACUGUUUCCUACUGAGUGAAUAGAUGCCUAGAUAACCUCUUAUAGGCAAGGAUGUAAUUCCUCUGUACUAGUGUAAGCAAAUGCCAACUCCUUCUUUCUCUGGACAGUUCUAAUUUGAACUGUUUCCAUCCCUAAAUCCCCUUCCUGUCCCCUGUAGGUCCCUACUCAGCAGCAAAACUUGAAAAUCAUGUUGUUUUGCUGGAACAACCACUUAGAAGGUUUAAUAGCUACUUGCAAUUUGAAGAAACAAAAAUUUUUCCUCCUCGGUGAAAGAUAAAAGCAGGAGACUGAAGACAACUGUCAUUGUUUAAAAUAAUACUGGGAAUCAUUAGUUACAUUGUAAAUUGGCUGCAUUGGCAAUCAAGGAGCCUUGAGGCUAGGCAAUUUACGUCUUAGACUUGGGGUCCUGGACUGUCAAGGCCCUUUCAGUUUUCUAAUGGAGCUGGAAGGCAGCAUGUGAUGUGGGCCAUAGGAUCACAGAAUAAUUAAGGUUGCAGAUUUGUUUUGAAAUCAGAUGCUCCCAUUUCUGGGAGGAAGAAAAAGUUAGCUGCGAAGGAGAAAUUUCACAGAACAGAAAACAAGGAGUCAGCAUGCACCAGGUUUGGUUCAAAUUCACCUUGGGCUUUUGCCAUUUCACUAAAACUCUCACAGAGUAGUGCAAUUUUGAGCCCCAUGCUGCACGAAGAUAAACCAUAGUUCAUAAUCUCGCUUCUCUCUCCUCCCAAGCCCACUGCAGCAUGUACAAACACUCUCCACUUGCCACACAAGCCAGCCAACAAGGACAGCCACCACUGUGUAUUGCACUUCCAACUGGAGUUUUGCCUUAAACAGCUUUACUGAAGGACCUUAUGGACAUCCCCUUUGUAUCACGAGGAACAGACGGCUGGGUCACAGCGAGUGCAUGGGCAGCCUGAGAUGUGACGCUGUGUGGGUCUGCACGCUGACUACAUGGCUGUAUCAGAACAGCCUUGGUUAUCCCUGUCCUAGCUCUGCACUGUUCCUGUGUUCUGGCUUUGGGGUUGCUGCAGGCAGCUUGAACCCACUUGGGAAUGUAACUCCCAUUAGUAUUUGUUGUAAUUUUGCUCAUUUCUAUUACGGAAUUCCUUCUGCUGUCUUUUUUUUUUUUUUUUUCUUUUCAUUUGUAACUGGCUUUACAAGAUGAAAGUUGAAUAAAUUAUUGGAUUGCACAAGCUCUAUUCACUCAGGCGCUGCGUGUCCACGUUGCGGCGUUUACUGAGAGAUCUGAGGUUCGGAAAGCGCGAGCACAAAGCAGGAGCAGCGCCGCGGCCAGAUGGCACCCAUGCCGCCCACACUGCGCAUGCGCGGUGCUUGGCGUCUCAGCCGCAGUCAGCGCCGCCGCCAUUUUGGGUGUUUCCCCCGGCUCCGCCGCUGGCAGCGUGCGCUGCAUGAUGCGUGGUUACAAAUGGGGCUUCACCUUGUGUUCCCCCGGCCCACUGCUGCUCUAGGGAAAGUCCACUUAAUAAUUUGCUCAAUAAGAACCUUAUGUUUUCUUGAUAAAAGGUCACUUCUUUACGAACACCGGCUCUACAUAUCCCACUGAGUUUCGCAGUGUCAUAAAGGGACAUCAUUUAAAGCCUGACAGCAGGUGUGUAGGCACUUGUGGUUGACAGCUGUAUCAAUUAAGUUAAUUAAGAGCCAGGUGUACCUCAACCUUUCUGCGACUAGCAGGACUGUGCAAACUGCGCAAACAGCUUGGUAAAAAUUAGGCAUAAUAAAUGUUUUAAGCUGAAAAGUUACGGAUGUUCCUUUACAUCAAAAUCUUUUUCAUAUAUUUCCUUAUUGGGGCAGCAUUUAUCUGGUUUAAUUGCGAUCACAGCCCCUUUACUUUGUGCUUUUUUAUCCAGUGGUUAACGAGCUGUACCUUACCUCCGAUCACUGCUUCCCUGGAAAUAAAACUGGUGUAAGCAGUUUAGUGUUUUAUUUAGCUUUAUUCUUUCAGUAAUAAUCUUGCUGCAUGCGUCAGGUGAGGUGGGUUAUUCACCUGCAUUAAGGCAGCUGCGCUUGUUCAAAUGAAAAUUACCAGUGAUGAGACAACUUGGGUAUGAUGAAACAAACAUAGAAAAGGGGCCUUACAAAAUUAUUUACAUCAUUCAUAAGAAUAAAAUAUACAUUUACGUUAAUUAUAAAAAGUAUGUAUUUGUAUUUUGGUUAACUAGGAUUUUUUCACUAAUUUUCAAUUUAAACUUCAGCUUUACAACUAAAAACGUUCAAAGUAUAAACACCUGUAAAACUAGUAAAUCUCAAAACAGGAAUUUAGAAAUAUUUUCCCACUUACUGUUGUGAGAAGAGGACAAUGGACAACACUUUUUUUUCUUCUCAUUAAUUUAGAAGUCAUUCAGCAAAGCAACUACCAUCAAGAAAGAAGAAAGGAGACUUUCACAAUUGUGCUCACGUACCAAAUAAACAACAAAAGUGCUUACUUCUUUAUCAGCAAACUAACACGACGUUUCUUUGGCUAUGCUCCUUCACUCUGCUAUUUCAACAGGUACUGAAGUGGUAUCUACAAGAGAUUCUCUAUUAUCAAUACAGAUGAUAAACACCUGCUUAUCAAAAUAGUGCAAACAGGUACAAAGGAAAGUGCUGUCAAUUUCAGUAAACUGCAGGGAAAUAAGGCAGCUGAACAGUUUGACCUCGCAAUGUUGCUCCAGAGAAAUCAGUAGUACACUUUUCAGCACGUCAGACAAAAUGUAUUCCUAUUUAUCAUAUCACACCCUUAUUACUGCACAGGGGAUGGAUUUGGUCUUUUGCAUAUACACCUUCAUAAAAGUAAACAGCUGUCCUUUGCACUGUGCUCUGAAGAAGUCUAACAAUUUCUUCAAAACACUGAUCAAAUCAUUAGAAUAUGUACAAAGCUGUCUUCCCUUUUUCCCUUUAUAACUUUCUUUGGAGUGCAUAGAUCACAUCAUACAAAAAUCAAGUUUAAGUUUUAUGUAAAAUACUCAAGUAUUUUUAGCAUUUACAUACACAGCUUAAUUUACCAUACAUUCUUCCUCAUUCCUUCCUUAGGUAUCUUUGUUAUUUCUUAAACAGAUAACAGAUAUUCUGCUUUAUAUAGUUAAGCAUUUACCCAUAAUAAAAACCAACAGUAUUAGUGGAGGUAAAAUGUCAGGAGGGUCUCAUUAAAGAACAUAAAACACUGUCUCUGUAACACUCCCAUCCUCAGAUGUCACACUGCAACUGAUUAUAAAAUGGAGAAGGUCUUUUCUGUUUUAUCCAGAAGAAAGUCACACAGGUCUAAUUUCAGAGUAGUGUGAAGCCAUGGGAUAGAAUGGAAUAAUUCUUCCUCUAACUGCUACUCUGAGUGCAUUUAAAAAAUGUUUUAAUUUUUUAUGCUUAUGUCUAGAUACUGAUUUUCACUGUAAACAUUUCUGCUAUUUGUGCUUCUAAACCUUUGUUAAAGGUGCUGUGGUGCUGUGAAAAGAAACUGAAUGAUUUAUUUAACAAUUAUAUCACAGGAUAAAACACAACAUUCAUACCUUUGCUUUCACAAGGCUGAGGCUCUUACUGCCUUGAGUUCUGCUUGUACUUACAGUCAGUCCUUACUGGGUGUUUCUGAUAGCUGUGCCAUGAUUAGCGAUCUGCCAGCUUGUCACAGUCUCAAAUAUAAAAUAUUCCACAUUUAUUAAUAAACUUUCUCAUAAAUGGCACAGCUCUAGUGCAGGAUAUUUUCCGUAACUCUCUGCAUUCCAACAUUCUUAUCUCACCAGUAUAGCUUUUGAAUUAUUGUUAUUAAUUUGGGAGAGAAAGUAACAACAGUAUCUUCCUUCUAGAAAUUUAGAUUUGUUGUCUGAUCACUCCUUUUUCUCCUACUAUAUAAAAAUUUAUAACAGCUUGCCACAAAAGUUGCUACACCAAUAAUUUAUCCUCUCUGUUCUAGCUAGAUAAUCCAAUGCUAGCAGCAGAAUCCUUAGCACAUCAAAAUGGCACAUAAUUGGCCUGAAGUUACUGAGUGAAAAUUGUACAAAGUUAGAGAAUUGAUGAGGCUACUUUACAUGCAUUCAAUAAGGUGACAUUGCAUGAAGUAAGUCGUCAUUAAUUAUUUAAUUAAAAACAUUUUCCAGUAAAGAGAUGGAAAAUAAUACUCUAAAAUACAUUACACAACUCCAAAAACCUUGUACCUUUAACAACUGAGGCCAAAUGUAAAUAAUUACCGUGGGCUCAAAAAAUUGCACACUUGUAUAAAGGAACAAAACUCAGCCCCUGUUA